AUGUCUACCUCUGCCCCUCGUAAGGCUCUCAACCUCUCAAAUAUCAAUCCCCACGUCAAAAAGGCCGAAUAUGCCGUGCGUGGAGCAAUCCCCAUCAAAUCAGAAGAAUACCGGAAACUACUUGCUGCUGCUGGUACCGUCUCUGCCUCAGGCAGUGAUUCCGCUACCCCAAACCACAAUCUUCCAUUCAAUAACGUUAUUUCUGCAAACAUCGGAAACCCGCAGCAGCUAGGCCAGAAGCCCCUUACAUUCAUCAGGCAGGUUCUGAGUAUCCUCGAGUACCCCGCUCUAUUGGAGCAUGAAGGUCUGUUUCCGAAAGACGUUAGAGAGAGGGCAAAAUGGCUUUUGGAGCAAGUGGGGAGUGUGGGUGCAUACUCUCAGAGCCAAGGUUGUUUCGGUCUCAGAAAGAGCGUUGCAAGGUUUAUCGAAGAACGUGAUGGCCAUCCGGCCGACCCAGAUGACAUUUUCCUCACCGCCGGCGCAUCAUCCGGCGUUUCUACACUUCUACAUACCAUUUGUGCCUCUAAAGAAACCGGCGUUCUGAUCCCCAUUCCGCAAUAUCCUCUCUACACUGCUACACUUGCACUCGUCGACGCUACCCCAGUUCCAUACUACCUGGAUGAACCUUUGUCCUGGGCUACCAAUGUGCCGGCCAUUCGUGAAGAAAUUACCAAGGCAAGAGCUGCUGGUACUGAAUUGCGCUCCAUCGUUGUCAUCAAUCCCGGUAACCCAACCGGAGCCACUCUGACAGAGCAAAACAUUGCCGAUGUUAUCUCUCUUGCUGCUGAAGAACAUCUUGUCAUCAUGGCCGACGAGGUUUACCAGACAAAUGUUUAUCAGGGCGAGUUUCACUCUUUUAAGAAGGUAUUAAGGAACCUCCAAAAGGAGAGUCCUGGAAAGUAUGAUCAUGUGGAACUAGUAAGCUUCCACUCAGUUUCAAAGGGUAUGAUCGGCGAGUGCGGACACCGUGCAGGAUACUUUGAACUGGUAGGGUUCGAUAAGGAGGUACAGGCACAAAUCUACAAACUUGUUUCUAUCACACUGUGCCCCCCAGUCAUUGGCCAAUGUUUAGUCGAACUUAUGGUCAACCCACCAAAGAAAGGCAGUGAGUCUUAUGAUUUGUAUGACAAGGAAUAUAAUGUCAUUUUUGGAGACCUUAGAGAGCGCUCCCAAGCUCUUCAUAAGGCAUUUGGCAAGAUGCGUGGUGUCUCAUGCCAAGAUCCUCUUGGUUCUAUGUACCUCUUUCCCACCAUCACAAUACCACCAAAGGCCAUCGAGGCUGCCAAAAAGCAAGGCCAGAAGCCGGAUGAGUUCUAUUGUAUGAAACUACUUGACGCUACUGGUAUCUGCACUGUUCCGGGAUCGGGCUUCGGGCAGAAAGAAGGGACAUGGCAUUUCAGAACAACUUUCUUGGCACCUGGGACCGAGUGGGUGGAGAAAUUGGAGAAAUUUCACGAAGCUUUUAUGACGGAGUAUGAGGGUUAA